ACCACAUGCAUUAUUUUUGAACUGGCCCCCAGGGUCCUGUCUUUUUAGCCCUGACUCUUAACUUUUUCUUGGAUUAGACCUACGUGGGCUUUUCACUGUCUCAUCCAGCACUCACAGUCACAUCGGAACAUUUCUACCACCAUCAAUCCUUUGCAAACUGCUUGCCUGGAUCCCUGGGGGCACAUGAUGUCUCUGCCGUUUUAUCAGAAACUUCACCAGCACUAUGACCGCAGCUACCGCAACAGGGACCUCAGCACCACCAUGAGCCAGUACCAGCAAGAGAAGAAAAGCUCAGCCAUCUACACCCAUGGCUCCACCGCCUACAGCAGCCGCUCAUCCGCGGCCCACCGUCAGGAGUCAGCGGCCGUCAGCCAGGCGUCCGCCGCAUCCUACCAGCAUCAGGCCUCCCGGGCCUCCGAGUUUGCCCUCUCGUCUGCAGUCAGUCACAAGGCGGCGUCAGCCUAUGACUAUGGCUACUCCCACGGACUUACAGAUUCCAGUCUGAUGUUGGAUUAUUCAUCGAAGUUGAGCCCCCAAACAAAGAGAGCCAAGAAGAGCCUUCUCUCUGGAGAGGAGAAAGAAAAUCUGCCAAGUGACUACAUGGUGCCUAUUUUCUCAGGACGCCAAGUGCAUGUCAGUGGAAUUACAGACACGGAAGAGCAAAGAAUUAAAGAAGCUGCUGCUUACAUAGCCCAGAGGAAUCUCCUUGCUAGUGAGGAAGGCAUAACAGCCAGCAAGCAGUCCUCAGUAUCUAAGCAGUCCGUGUCCACGCUUCACCAGGAAGAGGCCUUUGAGAAGAAGUCAAGGAAAGUUGCCAUUCGAGAAAAGGCGGAACAGCUGUCACUGAAAAAAACGUUAGAAGAAACUGAGGCAUUUCAUAAAAAGUUGAAUGAAGAUAAUCUUCUCCAUGCUCCUGAAUUUGUCAUUAAACCUCGUUCCCAUACUGUUUGGGAGAAAGAAAAUGUAAAAUUACACUGCUCUGUAGCCGGCUGGCCAGCACCUCGUCUCACAUGGUAUAAAAACCAGGUGCCAAUAAAUGUCCAGGCACAUCCUGGAAAGUAUGUCAUCGAAAGCCGAUAUGGAGUGCACACUCUGGAGAUAAACGCGUGUGAUUUUGAAGACACGGCUCAGUACCGGGCCUCGGCGAUGAAUGCCAAAGGAGAAGUUUCAGCGUAUGCUUCCGUUGUGGUAAAGAGAUACAAGGGAGAGUUUGAUGACACUCGCUUCCAUUCGGGAGCAUCCACCUACCCCCUCAGCUUUGCUGUGACCCCUUACGGUUAUGCAUCCAGGUUUGAGAUCCACUUUGAUGACAAAUUUGAAGUGUCUUUCGGGAGAGAAGGCGAGACAAUGAGUCUGGGCUGCCGUGUAGUUAUCACCCCCGAAAUUAAACAUUUCCAGCCAGAGAUCCAGUGGUACCGAAAUGGGGCACCUGUUUCUCCAUCAAAAUGGGUGCAAACACAUUGGAGUGGAGAUCGGGCAACAUUAACAUUUUCUCAUCUCAACAAGGAAGACGAAGGUCUCUACACAAUUCGUGCGCGAAUGGGAGAAUAUUAUGAACAGUACAGUGCUUACGUCUUUGUUCGAGAUGCCGAUGCAGAGAUUGAAGGAGCCCCGGCCUCUCCCCUGGACGUGGUGUGCUUGGAUGCUAACAAGGAUUACAUCAUCAUCACCUGGAAGCAGCCGGCUGUGGAUGGAGGGAGUCCAAUUCUGGGAUAUUUUAUUGAUAAAUGUGAGGUGGGCACAGACACUUGGUCUCAGUGCAAUGACAUUCCUGUGAAAUUUGCUCGUUUCCCUGUCACUGGGUUGAUCGAAGGCCGUUCUUACAUAUUCCGAGUUCGAGCUGUGAACAAAGUUGGGAUAGGCCUGCCCUCUCGAGUCUCCGAGCCCGUGGCAGCUCUGGACCCAGCUGAGAAAGCUAGACUGAAGAGCCGCCCCUCAGCACCCUGGACUGGACAGAUCAUUGUCACUGAGGAAGAACCAACAGAGGGUGUUGUUCCCGGGCCCCCCACCGACCUCUCCGUCAUCGAGGCCACGCAGAGCUAUGUGGUGCUGAGCUGGAAGCCCCCUCGCCAGCGUGGCCAUGAAGGCAUCCUGUAUUUUAUAGAAAAGUGUGAAGCGGGAACUGAAAACUGGCAGCGGGUGAACACAGAGCUCCCUGUGAAAUCUCCCCGCUUCGCUCUGUUCGACUUGGCUGAGGGGAAAUCCUACCGUUUCCGAGUCCGCUGUUCCAAUUCGGCUGGAGUUGGUGAGCCAUCAGAGGCAACGGAAGUGACCGUGGUUGGUGACAAGCUUGACAUCCCCAAGCCUCCGAGCAAUAUCAUCCCAAGCAGAAACACAGACACAUCAGUGGUCGUUACAUGGGAGGAACCCAAAGAUGCUAAAGAGCUGGUCGGGUACUACAUAGAGUCAAGCAUUGUUGGCUCUGGCAAGUGGGAACCUUGCAACAACAACCCUGUGAAGGGCACGAGAUUUACUUGUCACGGAUUGAAGACCGGCCAGAGUUAUAUUUUCCGGGUCAGAGCAGUUAACGCAGCUGGACUUAGUGAAUAUUCACAGGAUUCAGAAGCAAUCGAAGUAAAAGCUGCUAUUGCACCACCAUCUCCACCCUGUGACAUCACUUGUCUCGAAAGUUUCCGUGACUCAAUGGUUCUUGGAUGGAAGCAGCCAGAUAAGACUGGAGGGGCUGAAAUUACGGGUUAUUAUGUGAACUAUCGUGAAGUGAUCGAUGGGGUACCAGGAAGAUGGAGAGAAGCCAACAUCAAAGCCGUCAGUGAUGAGGCAUAUAAGAUUAGCAACCUGAAGGAGAACAUGGUGUAUCAGUUCCAAGUGGCAGCCAUGAACAUCGCCGGGUUGGGGGCGCCCUCAGCAGUAAGCGCCAGCUUCAAGUGUGAAGAAUGGACCAUUGCUGUUCCAGGACCACCGCACAGUCUCAAGUACAGUGAAGUCAGGAAAACCUCCCUGGUUCUGCAGUGGAAGCCUCCCAUCCACUCAGGACGGACUCCAGUCACUGGCUACUUUGUGGACGUAAAGGAGGCCAGUGCCAGAGAGGACCGGUGGCGAGGACUCAAUGAGGCGGCUCUGAAACACACAUACCUGAAGGUGCAAGGCCUCAAGGAGGGUGAGAGCUACGUGUUCCGAGUUCGAGCUGUAAACCAGGCGGGUGUCGGGAAGCCGUCUGACCUUGCUGGGCCUGUUGUAGCCGAAACCCGUCCAGGAACCAAAGAAGUUGUUGUAAGUGUGGAUGACAAUGGAAUCAUUUCCUUGAACUUUGAAUGUGAUCAGAUGGCCCCAAGUUCUGAGUUCACCUGGUCCAAAGAUUACGUGCCCACAGAAGACUCUCCGAGAUUAGAGGUUGAAAGCAAAGGCAACAAGACGAAAAUGACCUUCAAAGACCUCGGGACGGAAGACUUGGGCAUUUACUCCUGCGAUGUCACAGACACUGAUGGAAUAGCGUCAAGCUACUUGAUAGAUGAGGAAGAAUUGAAACGUUUGCUUGCUCUCAGUCAAGAACACAAGUUCCCAACGGUCCCAGUUAAAUCAGAAUUGGCAGUGGAAAUUUUGGAGAAAGGCCAGGUCCGGUUCUGGAUGCAGGCUGAGAAGCUGUCUCCCAAUGCCAAAGUCAACUACAUAUUUAAUGAAAAGGAGAUUUUUGAAGGGCCGAAAUAUAAGAUGCAUAUUGAUCGAAACACUGGUAUAAUUGAAAUGUUUAUGGAAAAACUACAGGAUGAGGAUGAAGGCACCUAUACCUUCCAGGUUCAAGAUGGAAGAGCAACUGGCCAUUCUACCCUUGUUCUCAUUGGAGAUGUUUAUAAAAAGCUCCAGAAAGAAGCCGAAUUCCAGCGUCAAGAAUGGAUCAGGAAACAAGGUCCACAUUUCGCUGAGUAUUUGAGCUGGGAAGUGACUGGUGAAUGUAAUGUACUAUUAAAAUGCAAGGUGGCGAAUAUUAAGAAAGAAACUAGUAUUAUAUGGUACAAAGAUGAUAGGGAGAUUUCAGUGGAUGAAAAGCAUGACUUUAAGGAUGGCAUAUGUACCCUCCUUAUAACAGAGUUUUCCAAGAAAGAUGCUGGGAUUUAUGAAGUUGUCCUGAAAGACGAUAGAGGAAAAGAUAAAAGCAGAUUGAAGCUUGUGGAUGAAGCCUUUAAAGAGCUAAUGACUGAAAUAUGUAGAAUAAUAGCUUUGUCUGCAACAGAUUUGAAGAUCCAGAGCACAGCUGAGGGCAUCCGGCUCUACUCUUUUGUUACUUACUACGUGGAUGAUCUGAAAGUUAACUGGUCCCACAAUGGGACUCCUAUUAAGUACUCAGACAGAAUCAAGAGUGGGGUCACUGGGGAACAGAUCUGGCUUCAGAUCAACGAGCCCACCCCUAACGACAAGGGCAAGUACGUGAUGGAGCUCUUUGAUGGUAAAACCGGACACCAGAAGAUGGUGGACCUUUCUGGACAAGCCUACGAUGAAGCCUUUGCGGAAUUCCAGAGAUUGAAACAAGCUGCCAUCGCCGAGAAAAAUCGCGCCCGGGUGGUGGGUGGCCUCCCCGAUGUGGUCACCAUCCAAGAGGGCAAGGCGCUUAACCUCACGUGCAUCGUGUGGGGCGACCCGACUCCGGAGGUCUCCUGGCUGAAGAAUGAGAAGCUCCUGGCUUCGGACGAGCACUGCAACCUGAGGUUCGAGGCUGGCAAGACGGCCUACUUCACCAUCAGCGGGGUCAGGACGUCCGACUCGGGCAAGUACGGGCUGGUUGUGAAGAACAAGUAUGGCUCAGAGAUCAGCGACUUCACCGUCAGCGUGUUCAUCCCAGAAGAGGAAGCCAGGAGUGUGGCAGAGGAGCCCCAGAAGGGCAACAAGAAGGCCAAGUGACCGGAGGGCAAGGGGGCCGAGGGGCCGAGGAGGGGAGAGUCACGCCCAGCUGCCUUGGGUCACGUGUAUGCAGGUGGUUUGAGCUGAGCACCAGGAAGCCUCCAAUUCCCUAUUUUUGUGCCGGCUUUGGGGGGUGGUAGGGGGAUUGUCAAACCUUUGUUCAUGUAAGAAAGCACCAAAUAGCGACAUUUUACUCAUUUUUCUUUAUCCACAAAUUAUAUUAAGAAAAUAACAUUGGUAGCAUAAAUGUUAGGAAACAGUUUUAAGGCAGAGACCAGAAUCAAGUCAGAAGGAUGUAGACCGAUGGUCAGAGGAAGUGCUGUGGAGCUGUGUGGACGUGGCUGGCCUUUGAGCAGUCAGCUCUCCAGGUUCUCAGUGAUGUGUCAGCAUCUCGUCCACAUGAGACCAGCUGUGAGGCCAGCCAGUCCGUGUCACGUGUUAUGACGGUAGCAGUGUGUGUUUAUGGGCGGCUGGUGAUCUGGAACCUCUCGGUCCUAAUAAAUAGUUCACACCCCUCUCCCCCGUCAGUGCUUCUCUUGUUUCACCAUUUUGGCUGCCUAGCUGGGUGGUCUCCACUGCACCUUUCUUGCCGCUUCUUGUAACAUGUCUUCUGAUUUAAAUUCCUUUGGCUAAAACAGUGAGCUAUUGGUAUCUAGAGGAUCCGUAGAAGAGACUAUUCAAAGUUUAGCUUUAGGAAGUUAAUAUUCAACAAUAUUGAAGUAAUAAAUUUAAAAAUCUAGGCCUUAAACCCUUGAAGUUUGACUUUAAAACCUUAUUUUUCUAAUUUAAAAUAUUAGCCACUGAAAUAUUAAUUUUAAGAGUGUUUUAAUAACAUAAGUUCCCUUUAACUUGUUAAAUUGUGUGUGUGUUCAGUUGCUCAGUCAUGUCCAACUCUUUGUGAUCCCAUGGACCAUAGCCCACCAGGUUCCUCUGCCCAUGGGAUUUCCCAGGCAAGAAUACUAGAGUGUUGCCAUUUCCUCCGCCAGGGAUCUUCCCAACCUAGGGAUUGAACCUGUGUCUCCUGCAUUGCCGGCGGAUUCUAAUUAAUAUAUUUGCUUUUCAUUUUAAGUAACACUAUUGUCUGAAUUAACCGAUGAAAACUUUCCAAGAACUUAAGUAACUUUACCCAUUAAACUAAGCAUAUUAAUAUGGAAAA